CCCACAGAGAAGGGCAACACUGCUCAUGAUCCUGAAUCUGGGAGUCAGAGUUGGCCGUCUGUCUCUUUCCGGAGGGCUCCGGCGGAAAAUAUCCGCGAUGAUCGAGUCCUCCCAGGUCCCGGAGGAAGAUGGCGUCCACUAUUGGGAGAAGACCUGCCUGCCCCUCUAGCCGUAGCUAUUCCCGUCUCUAUGGCCUCCAAUGAGUUCUAUUUCCACCUAGGGGGAACUUCCCAGGAUGCAUCGCAGUGGUCCCGGUUCUCGCUAAGAUGGCGACUCCCAUGCACCGACUUAUCGCCCGGAGGCAGGCGGAAGCAAAUAAGCAACAUGUGAGAUGUCAGAAAUGUUUAGAAUUUGGACAUUGGACAUAUGAAUGCACAGGAAAAAGAAAAUACUUGCAUAGACCUUCAAGAACAGCAGAACUUAAGAAAGCUUUAAAAGAAAAAGAAAACAGAUUAUUAUUACAACAAAGCAUUGGAGAAACUAAUAUAGAAAAAAAGACCAAGAAAAAAAGGUCUAAGAGUGUUACCAGUUCCAGCAGCAGUAGCAGUGGAAGUUCAGCCAGCGACUCUUCAUCAGAGAGUGAAGACUCCUCUACCUCUUCUUCCUCUGAUGAUAGUGAUACUGAGGAAAGCUCUUCUACUUCAUCCUCAUCACCUUCCUCAACUAGUUCUUCCUCUUCCUCUGAUUCUGAGUCAGAUUCCAGCUCUUCCUCCAGCACCAGCUCUAGCACAGAUAGCAGCUCUGAUGAUGAGCCACCAAAGAAGAAGAAAAAGAAAUAGAAUUCCUUUAAGCAUUUCUGAUCAUUUAGGACUGAUGAAUUGACAAAUGCUGAUGUGUUUCUUCAAAAGGGAAGUUGGAAUAUGUUGUGGCCAAAUGGAUUAACUGGUUAAAAUUUCUAUAAUUCAAAGCUUUCUAAAUGUUUCACAUUUUAAGGGCAUAAAGAUUAUUAAUAACAAAAUAUGUAUGUAAAGAGUUUUUUUUUUAAUUUUAAGGUGAAUUUUAUUUUAUUUUUUAUCUUUAAAACAUAUCUUUAAAUUUAAUCAAAGCUGAAAUCCAGUAAAUCUGGUAUUUAUGUAAUGAAAUAUGUAAACUUUUUCUCUUUGUGAUAUAAAUGCCAUAUCUUGUUUAUAUGUUGGUAUUGUAUAAGCUAACACUUGUUUCACUUGUUUUCAGGAUGAUCCUGUAAAAUAAAUGGGAACAAUUAAUUUCUCAUGGUUUUGCCUAAAUAUGACUAUAUUAAUCAGAUUGAAUACAGUGUUACUACUAUGAGGGUGUCAUCUCAUUGUUAACAAUGUGUUAUAUUUCAAAGUUAUCCUCAGAGGGUAUGUUGUUUCUGGGAUUUGUUUUAACUUAAUGUCAGAAAUGAACCGUAAUGAGAUCUGUGUUAAUCUAGUGGAUAUUUUCAUUUGUGGGCAACAGUUUUCAGCUUGCUGGGGUAUUUUUUAUUUUUUUCUGAUUCCCUACAUACUCAGAGCCAUACUAUUUUGGAGAUAGAAUGUCUGAUAGGAAAACAAUCAUCUUGAAUAAGCUAAAGGGAGAAGAAAAGAAAACUGAAAUUAGUUUAAUCUUGGUGCCUUUUGAUAAAAAUAUGUGAUAAUAGAAGAGUGGCUGCAUGAAAGGUUGAAUUAAAUGUUUUG